CCUAGUCGUCGAGUACGUUCGCCAGAUUUAGGCUGUGGUAGUUGAAGGCAGCACGGUCGAGAACCGGAAGUGCACUUCAUCAAAAUUUAAGUACCAUAACUGCUCCAACAACGCCCAGAAGCAUUAUGAAUACAACGGCUUAAGACCGCUUGCCGUAUUACUGUUACACUCUUUGGCCAAAUUCCUUACGUUGGGAUCAUCUAAUGCAGCCGAACUGAAAGUUUCGCAGCCCGGCCGUUAGGAGGUGCCUCGGACAGUCAUCUGCAAUUAGGACAGGGGCUAUGGGUGGGGACCUCUGGGCAGCGCAGCAACCAAACAGCCAGAAGCCCAGCAGCCCCUCAACAUCCUUCCCUUCAGCAUCCGUUCGUCCACUCGAACAACCCCCUUACCACGACGCUCGUUCAUUGAAACUUCCUGUUAUCCUUCACGCCGGCGAGAACUCGGCGGAACCCCGAAACCAGCACAUUCCUGGCUCUUCGCCACAGGAGCCAGUCAGUCGCGAUCACGAUAACAAGCGCUGGUCUUCUAAUUCCUUUGACGAUCUUCCAGAGGGCCGUCUUGCGGGCUCCUUUGCGGCUUGGGCGCAACCCGUAGAGUCGACCCAACCAACAGAACCAAUGCAGCCGGGAACCUCAGCCUCGCCAUCGCAGCCCUCAUUCAACGCCUACCCGCAUGUCCCUCCAGGCCAGAAUCUUGCUGCCAACAACGGCGACUCACACAAUAACGGCGACAUGAGGAGCAACCCGGCCGGUAGUUCACUUCAUACCGUAGUUUCGGAGGCGUUCCCUUCUGACUAUGUCGCCGCAGCAGCUGCCGACGCCGAGGGCGGCGGUGGAAGCAGCAGUGGCUACGUCGACGGGAGCGGAGGCGUCGGCUACAGCCAGGGCGACUACACCGAUGACGCCGGCCGUUACAGCAGCGGCGUGUACGAUGCCGGAGGCCAGUACGGCAGCCAGUACGGCCAAAGCUACAGUGGUGACGCCGGCGAAUAUGGCGGAUACGGUGGCGGCGGGUACAGCCUUAGUGGCGGAGAAGGUGGCGGCUCGGAGUACGGCGCCCAUUACGGAGCUCAGUACGGCAGCAGCGAAGGCCUGCAGUACGGCAGUAUCAGUGGGGAGCCGCAGCAGCGGCAGCAGUGGGGCCACCAGGGGCAGAUGGAUCCAGAAGCGGACGACACGGCUGUCGGUGCUGCAGCUCACGGAGACGGUUACGAGGCCAUCGAGAGCAAUGCUGCCGGGAACAGCGACGGCUGGGGUAGCGUCAGCGGCGCCGCCGCUGCCGUUGGUGGCGGCGACGUACAGUAUUACUACGACCCAAGUACGGGUUAUUAUGCAGCGUACGGCAGCGCAAGCGGUACUACUGCUGAUGACGCUGCUGCUACACCUGAAUGGGAUGCCUCGGCAGCGGCUGGUGAUGCUACAGCCGCAGCUCCCGAAGCAGCAGCAGCUACUGCCGCUGCUGACGGUGCUGCUACAGCCGCCAGCACAAUCCAGGACCUGGAGGGCAUGCUGUCUUUGUUGCAGCAGCAACGCCAGCAGUAUCGCUCUUGGGUAGCGCAAUGCGCGGUUACAGCAUUAUCCGCGCUAGAUCCGUCGUACAGUGACCCGUCGUACGAACAUACGAUUGCUGCUAGCAGCAGCGGUAGCACCCUGGUGCCGGAGGACGUUAGCAGCAUGGUGGCAGCUAUGGAUGUAGCAGGGACUGUACGACAGUACCUGCUGUCACUCAAGGCGGCGGCGGAGGCGACCAAGGAGGCGGCUCGCGCCGCCGCCGCAUUUGAGGCGCUAGCGCUGCCGGUUGCGGAGUCGUACGACAGCCCUGCCGACGUGGCGGCGGGCGAGGCGGCGGAGGCGGAGUAUGUGAGUGCGGCGUACGGCGUUACGUCGGCAGUGGUGGCGGCGGUUGAAACGUUGAAGGCGACGACGGCGCUGGUGACGGCAGGCGCUUCUGGGGUUUCGUCCUCUUCUGAGGAAGCGUUGAAGGAGCUGCUACCACCGGAAGCCACGGAGGCGCCGCUUCGCCGGCGGUUAGAACGGAUCGGUUCGGGGCUGGCGACUCGUCUGAGGGAGGAGGCGGACGUGCUGAUGGGGCGGCUGCACUGGCCGCCGCCGCUCGCUGCCGCCGCCGGUACGACAGACGCAACAGCGACAGCAACAGCGGCAGCAGCAGGCGGCGAAGCAGGGAGACCGGAUGCACUGCGGAAGGGAGUGGCGGAAGGAGGGACGUUUGCGGGUUUUGAGGCCCACCCGGUACUAGCCCGGCGACUGGCGGGUGUGUUGACGGCCCUCACGCACUUCCAAAUGGCUGUGGAGCAGCGGCCGGCCUUCAUACGCCUGCUGUCCACUCAACCGGGAGAGGAGGAGGAAGGCGGAGAGGAGGCGGCCGGCGAGGAGGGAGGAGACGGUGCUUCCAAACCCGCAGCCGCCACCAAACCCGUGCUGUGGGCUGCCAAGGCUUUGGCGGCUCCCAUUGCGGCUAAGCUACGCACCCACUUCCAUCCAGCUGCGCCCACGGGCCGGUUGGAUCGUCCUGCCUGGCUGUACGGCACCGUUUUGGAUUUCGUACGGCACCACGGUCAUGCGCUUUCCUCGCUGGACGACAUCCUGGCGUGCCUGCAGCUCAAGCCGCACUAUAACAUGCCCGCGGAAUUUGCCAGGGCCCUCCAAGACGAGGUUCUAGAGUUUGUGCGGGAGGUUCGUAUCCCGGCCAUCAUCAACCUUCAGACUCAGAUCCAAAAUCCAACUGCCGACACCAAUGGCAGCGGCGACGAUUCAACUUCUUCCGCUGCGGCCGCGUCGACGCCGACAACCGCGACGGAUGCUGACGUGGAGGCGCUCUGGAUGGGGCUUAUGGACGCAUCUGCGUCGUACGACAUUUCCAUGUUGCCGCUGCUGGGAGCGACUGGCGCGGCGGUGGAGGCGGCGGCGGCCAAGGCGACUGCGAUGCUGGCGACUGCGGCGGCGGCGACGGGAGGCCCAUCGCGCCGCCGAGCCUGCGAUGUUUUGGAUCCAACCGUCGCCGGUACGGCAGACAUGCACGGGCGUUACGUCGCCGUGGCGGCGCUCGCGACGGCGACUCCAGUGGCGGCAGCGGCACCAGGAGAGCAACCGGCGGAGGCGACCCCGAAGGAAGCGGAAGCGGCGAAGGGCGCAUUGUCGCCGUUGCUGGUUGCUUGGGCGGAGGCGGAGGGCGCGGCGGCGUUACGAGCGGUUGAGGCGGUUGUGUACGACGACUCGUCGUUGACACCUCAGGAGGAAGUCCUCGCUCGGAGGCUGGGAGCCUCUACCACUGCUGAUGACGACACCGGCUCCACAGCUGCAGCUGCCACGUCAGCAGCAGCAGCAGCAGGCGGGGCUGCUCCCUGGCAACGGGACGUAUGGCCGCCGGUUGUUGCGGUGGAGGCGGCACGUGUGCUGGAUGGCCUUGUAGCCAGGUCCAGGUGGCUCUCCCCGCGCCCACUCGCGCAGCAGGCUUUCCUGGCUGCAGCGGCGGUCCCGGUGCUGGCGCUGCUGCGGCGGCGGUUGGCGCGGGUGUUGGACGGAGCGGUGGCGCGAGGGGAGGUGCUCAGUGAGGAGGGACUGCCCAAGGUAUGCGCUGCCCUCUGCGCCGCGCACUUUUUGGACGAGCACCUGCACUCGCUGCUGCUCACCGAGCUAGCGCCGCUCGUACACGCACUCGAAAGCGCCGCCGCCGCUGCUGCCGCCGUCAGCAACAGCGCCGCCGCCAGCGGCGUCGGUACACCGGCGUCGAGCAUCGCCGGCGGCUCCGCCGUCGCCGUUCCGCCGGGUAAGCUCGGCGGCGGCGGCGGAGGCGGGUUCUGGAGCGGUUUGCUGGCGGCGGCGGCGGGUGGUAAUGGUACGGCAGUAGCGGCGUCGCCGGCGCGUGUGGCGCUGCGUGACGGUGUGACGGCGCUGGCGGGAGCCGCCUCCGCCGCGUUUCCUGGGGCGGCUGGCGGCAGCGUGACGUCAGCGGCGGCGGCGGCGGCGGGUGCGGGUUGUACGGCAGCAGCGGCGGCGGUGUUUGGGGAAUACGUGCGAGCGUUCUCACGGCUCCACCGGGACGGCUGUUUGAAGGUUGCGAGGGAGAUGGCGCUAGGAUUUGGCAGGUACUCUUUGUCGUACCGACAUGCCAUCGAGGCCAACACGCAGUUCCCCUUCACUCCCGAGGAAGAAGUCGAAGCGGAAGGGGACAGGAUGGGCAUGGAGGCGGAGGCGCGACCCAUGGGUCACAAGGCUGCGGACUCCAAUGGCGGUGGUGUUGGCAGCAGCAGUGGCAGCACCAGUGGCCAGCGAGCUGCUGCCUCCAUUACGCCCUCCUUUGCACCGGCGCUGCUUUUCCUCCAGACAAGCCUGUCCCGGCUGUCACGCUGCUGCGACAAGGCCACCUUUGCGGACGUGUGGCGGGGCGCCGCGCUGUCCAUCAACCGCUUCAUGUUCAACUUCGUCGCGACGGAGAGCCGGUUCACACGAGCAGGCGCUCGUCAGUUUGCAGCCGAUGUGUGGGGCCUAGCCAGCCUCUUCGCCCCCUACAGCCGCAGAGGCGCAUCCGCAACAGCAACUGCAGCAGGAGGACAGCAUUUCCGGGAGCUGCAGGCUGCUGCGCGGUUGCUGUGCAUGGAGGACGAGGAGGCGGCUGACGUCAUGAGACGUGCCAGUACGGCCGCUGUUGCUGUGGCGGCGGCGGCAGGCGCCUCCUUCUCCUCACCUGCCUCUCGCCUUCAGUCCUCUUCUCGCCCGCUGCCUGCCGCCGGUUGCGACGAGGACGAGGGUGGGCCGCUCAGCCCGACAAAGCACCGACCGCUGUCCACGACACAUGCCAUGCAGCCGCAGCCACAGCAGAAGCAGCACGGCAACGACCAUAAAAGGGGAGGCGGCGGCAGGGACGCGGUUCGGGUCAGCAUGGCUGCGGACCCGCUGUUGUCGAGUGGCGGGUUGGCGUGUUUGACGCCCCUGCAGAUCAUGAACGUGAUUGAGCACAGGAUCUAACGCCGGACAGGCACUUAACAUGCGGAGUAGGGGAACGCGGCCGCAUCCUUUUAGCAUUGUGUUGAUUUGUGACACGUGGACCUAUAACCUAAUGACUUGUACCUGUUUCCGGGCUCUGUGGUGAAGUCCGCUGCUGCCACAUGAUACGUGUUCGGUGUAAGAUGUAAUGUGCGCUCCGUUGCCAGUUGAUAACUUUUCCAAGGAGGCGUCUGGCAGUCCCAUUCCUUUUUCGCGUGGGGGUUUUCUGGGUUGCUGUGUGGUUUCUCUCGGACAUCCUAAGUUUACGGACGGAUUCUAGAUGUGCUUGGUGCUCAGCGAAUGUGGGGACAUGAGGUGGAGCCAUGAGCGCAUGGCAGUGUAGGGCGGCUUUGCAUUGGCUGUGGCCUAGCGUGUCACUGCGCGUGUUGAAGCAACCGAGCGGCAUAGCUGGCACUGGCUAUGGGAGGUGGAGUAGAAAGCGAUGUCAUACUGCGCUUGUAAAAUGCAUGAGC